AUGUCUAAUACACCGAUACCAGACACAGAACAGCAACAACCACCACCCAUUGCAGAGACAACCCAACAGCACUACACAGCUCAUUCGGGUCACGGGUCAAUCGGACCCGUUAUUGCAGUUCUUGCAGUGAUCACAAUAUUGGGUGCAAUCGCUGUCAUGAUAGGUAGACUUUGUUCUGGUAGAAGAAUAAUGGGUCAUGGACAGUACGACCUUGAAGGGUGGGUUGAGACCAAAUGCUCUUCCUGUCUUGAUGGCCGGGUCGAUCCACCUCCGCCGCGUGCUGUGGCGGAGAACAGUGUCAGUAGUAACUCCGGCGGAGCCAUUCCGGUGGCGGUUCAGAUUGAAACACCUCAAGAAAGGAAGGAAGAGGAGAUAUCUGAUCAAAACAACCCACAUUAG